AUGGACGACUCCAUCACAUCCAAGGCUACAGUUCCCGGAACUAUAUAUACCGACCUUAGGAAUAAUGGUCACCUCUCGGAGGAACUGCUCGCCGGCUAUAAUGACGUGAAUUACCGGUGGGUCUCACGAGACAACUGGACGUAUAGCCGAGAAUUUGAAGUCGACGCGAAACUACUGACCAAACAAGUGGUGAAUCUGGUGGCUGAAGGGAUGGACACUGUGUCCGCCAUUUAUAUCAACGACCAACUCGUCGGUCGUACUGUCAAUCAGUUCGUGAGGUAUAGGUUUGACGCGAAGAAAGUCCUCAAAAGCGGCAAAAACACGAUUCGCGUGGCGUUUGAGUCGGCGCUCACCUACUCUAGCCGUCAGUCGCAAUGGUUUAUCAAUAAAUACCACUACGAUAUCAUACCCGAGUGUAUGGCUAAGGAAUAUCACGGCGAGUGUCACUACAAUAUGAUCCGCAAAAUGGCCGCAUCUUUCAGCUGGGAUUGGGGACCGGCAUUUCCCACUCAAGGCAUUUGGAAACCCAUCAGAAUUGAAGCGUACGAUAAGGCCAUCAUUAGAGACAUUACAGUCGAGACGACACGCAUUUGGAAACCCAUCGGAAUUGAAGGGUACGAUAAGGCCAUCAUUAGAGACAUUACUGUCGAGACGAUACGUGAUAAGGGGAACGCCUCCAAGUGGGCUCUCAACAUGGCUGUCCACAUAGAGUCGGAUACGCGCCAGAAGUUUGACACCAAUCUGUCGGUCUAUUUGGACGAUCACGAGCUGAUCGCCGGUCGCGCCUACACUCUAACGCCGGCCACCGAUGGCAGCGCUCGCAUUAAACUCAUAAUACCGGUGACGGGAGUGGACAUCACGGCCUGGUAUCCCAACGGUGUGGCACAGAAUACGCAGAAAUUGUACGCAUUGAGAGCUAAGCUGGAGUUCCCGGACAGUAAGGAGGUGUCGGAGCAGAGCCGACGGUUUGGGUUCCGGACUAUUGAGUUGAUUCAGACGCCGGUGCAGCCGAAAGGGUUGACCUUUUAUUUUCAGGUGAAUGGACAGCCGUUUUUCGCGAAGGGAACCAAUUGGAUACCUGCCGACAACCUCCAGGAGCGCGUAUCCAAGGAGUACUUGCGUGAGCUAAUGGAGUCAGCCAGGGAUGCCAACAUGAAUAUGAUGCGCGUGUGGGGCGGAGGAGUGUAUGAGUCGGACUACCUGUACGAGUUGGCCGACGAGUUGGGUGUCAUGAUAUGGCAGGACUUCAUGUUCGCCUGUUCCCUAUACCCGGCCGACCCGGACUUCUUGGCCACUGUGGACCAGGAGGUGUUGACGCAGAUUCGACGCCUACAGCACCACCCGUCCAUCGCUCUGUGGGCCGGCAAUAACGAGAACGAGGGUUGGGUACGGAAUGGCAAAAAGGAGGACUUCCAGCACCAUAAGGACGACUACAUUGAGCUCUACAUCAAACACAUACGUAAACUGAUCCUCGAGGAAGACAGUAGUCGACCGUUUGUGGGUUCGAGUCCGUCGAAUGGGGACGAGGAGGUCCAGGAGGACUGGGUGUCCGACCACUCGGGCGACACCCGCUAUGGGGACGUCCACUACUACACGUACGACAAACCGCUGUGGAAUUGGCGACAAUACCCGAGCGGGAAGUUUGCCUCCGAGUAUGGCUACCAGUCGUACCCGUCGGUCGAGACGCUACUAACGGCGCUCAACGAGUCGGACCUGACGUUCCCGAUUGGCGACGCUCUGGAGCACCGGCAGCACCACCCGGGCGGCACCAAAUCCAUUGAAAACGCCAUCGGCAAUUACUUCAAACUUCCCUCACAUGGAGGGGUCGACCGGUUGGAGGACUUGAUAUACUUAUCGCAAGUGAUUCAAGCGAUGGCUAUGAAAGUAGUGUUAGUUCGCGACGACUUCGGCGAUAAACAAACGUUUGAUCUCUUCCUAAGUGUCUACAACUGGACGUCACUUAAACCCACGGAAGAGCUCCAGGCGCUGGUCUUAAGUGAAAAGGGAUUCUCAGUGGAGACCGUAUGGGACGACUACAUACCAGAUCUGCUCAAGAAGUUCAAGUGCGAGGAUAGGACUCAGUGUGUCAUACGAGUAGAGAUACCAAAGUUCAGGGCGUCGAGUUUCCUAUUGCUAACGGAGCCGAAGAACUCGAAAAUAGUGAAUCCGAACCUGAAGUUAGUUUCGGUACAAAAGAGAGACAAACCGGUGGACAAUAAGCACGUGUUUGACAUAACCCUGAGCGCGGAAGCGGUGGCGCCUUUCGUGGCCAUGGAUUUCAAACGGAAUUCCGGAAUUCGCGGGCAUUUCCUCGAAAACGGAUUCUUUAUCUUUGAUCACCAAAAGACCAUCACUUUUGUCACCAAAUCUAAUGUCACGGAACAGCAGAUUAGCGAUAAUCUCACGUUUAAGACGGUGGCGGAUGUGGUGUGAGUUUGCACUACCGGUGCCUUAUAUACAGUAUUCGUUAAAAUGUUAAAAAAUAAAUUAAUUCCUUAAAAUUCAAAUAGUUUUUUAUAUC